AUGCUUGGAGUUGAGCUUGAUUUGGAGAGCGCGGCAGAUGGUUUUAUCAGAGUUCGGAACAAAGCUUCCAGAGUGGAGGAGGUCUCAGGAUGUAUCAACGAAAUUUUGCAAUGUGGUUUUGUGGAUGCGAGCAAGUUGCCCUCCUAUUUGGGGAAGCUCCAGUUUGCCGAAGCUCAGUUGUGGGGCCGUGCAGGAAGACUUGCUUUAGCUGAUUUGAGGGAAGCAACAGUGCACAAGUCUGGGUCAGUUCCUGUCACCCCGGAAGCCCGAGAAGCGCUGUUGGUCUUGCUGGAGAGAUUCACAAAUGGAAAACCCAGAGAAAUCCGAGCGUCAAUGCCAUGCAAACCACACUUGCUGUUUACAGACGGAGCCUUGGAAUACGACACAGAUGGCCGACCCAAAGCCACCAUCGGAGGUGUCAUGUGCGACAGAGGUUAUCGACGAGAGUCAUCCCAUGCACCUGUGGACCGCCAGAGUCCCUUCCUCUUCAAACCCUGCUGA